AUGCAAAAUGCGGACUUGUGCCCUCCUAUGCACAUCUCUGUGUGUCAUUUUUUCCGAAUUAUUCAAAUAAAAGCAAAUGCGCGGAAAAUAAAGUCUAAAAAGGGCUUUGGGGAGCAAAAGCGCAAGUUUCCUUGGGGUGUACGUACACCCGAAGCUUUGCGUGCAGAAACCCCGUUUUUUCUAUAUCCAUGCAAAUCUCGAGUUUCUGAGUGCGGAAAAAGCGGAAUUAGAAUUCCAAACGAAUAUCUUUUCAUUUAUAUCCCCUUUCUUGUCCAAAAGCCCUCGAAAAGGGGCUUGUUUGUUUUUUUUUCAGACUUCCACCGAAACAUGCUGAAAGGCGGCGUCUACAUCUACCCGCCCACCUUCCGCGACCCCCAGCCCUCAGUCAACAUGGUCUUCCAGUGCCUGCCGCUGGCCUUUUUGGCCGAAGAGGCCGGCGGCCGCGCGAGCGACGGCUUUACGCGUUUGCUGGUAAUCGAACCCACGACCUUGGGUGACAGAAUUCCUUUUUUCUGCGGCAGCAAACACCUCGUGGACGUCCUCAACUUCUACAUGGCCAAGAACAAACUCCGGGACGGAGGCUGGUGCUUCCGCGCCAGCAGCAGCAGCAGCAGCAGCAGCAGCAGCAGCAGCAGCAGCAGCAGCAGCGGCGGCGGCGGCGGGGGAGGGGGGGGAGGCGGCAGUGGGAGCGAUACCGGCAGCGGCAGGGACGGGGAAGAGAGCGAUCCCACCAGGCUAGACAAACGAAGCGACAGCGAGACGGCUAGCUAG